GCGAAUGGCCGCCCAGGUGAAUACGCAAAGGCGUAGGAGGAAUAAAACAAGUCGACCGCACGGGACUACAACACACAGGCUCCCUUUUGUGUCCCCGCGUCCUCUCUCCCGGCUCUCUCCUUUGGAAAUACGGUGCGGUGUUCUAAACCUGGUCCACGCUCCCGGAACUUGUGAGGUUUGUGGCCGUGCACUCGACCUCAGCAUCGCCGCGCUCUCUACUGGCUUGCGCCAUUAUCCAACUUAUAUAUACAACCAACAGUGCACAUAGGAGUAGGUCGAGUCCUCUGAGGGGACAGGCUGUGCUGUCAGGCAUCAAAGUAUGGACUUGUCUAUGAUGAUUGAGAACGCCUCAAUUCUCUUCGCCAACAUCGUCAUUUGUGUCUUAUACCUCCUCCCUCACUUUAUCAUUUACUCAGUUCUUUCUGCCCAUAUUUCCCUGCCACUACUCAGGCCAUUUUAUCGUUGCCUUCAGGAACUAGGCCGCGCAUUGCGGUGUCCGUACUUGGCAGCACGAUGGGGUGUCUCGGUUCAUGCGGGCGAAACUACAGCGGGGCAACCAACGGGUGCUUGCAGGUCGGGGGCGGUCCACAGAACCAGUGGUGCCUCUGACGCGGCGAAAAACCGCCUAAACUCGAUGGGCGCAUCGAGUGACCACCGUCCAAAAGGACCGAGAAAGCGCGGAAGAGACGACGACGAGAAAGCGCCCCCGAGCAAAAACGCAAAGCUGGAUUCCGACCAGUCUGGGCUCCAAUUCGCGUGCCCCUUUUACCUUCACGAUUGUUACGAGUGGCACAAUUGCUUGCGAAAUUACAAACUGCACCGCAUCGUCGAUGUCCGCUUACACGUUAUGCGGAUUCACACAUUGCCGCCGCAAUGCCCCAGCUGUGGGGAAGAAUUCGAGGGCGACCAACCCGAGUCGGCUGACGAUCGAUGCAACGCACAUAUACAACUUCGAAGUUGCCAACCACUGCCAGACCCUCCGCCGCCUCGCCAGGGAGUAACAGGAGACCAAAUAGUCGCCAUCCGGUCAAUAGCUACGAACAGAAGCGGUCGGCGUGGGGACCCCCAAGACUCCGCCAGGGCGAAGUGGUUCGAGAUUUGGCGCAUCAUAUUUCCGGAUAGCACUCCCCCAACCUCACCCUACAUUACAGAUCAUCCCGAUGUCCAAUGGAUAAUCGACAUGAACCGAUUCAUUCUCACUGGCGACCGAUGGAGAGAGAUCAUUGCGAGUGCAAGAGAAAGCAGCCCGUCACUUCUAAACAUGUCACGAAACACCUUCGCCGCAAUACUAGACAGUCUCUCAGCUCACUAUCGACGAAUAAAUGGGGGCUCAUAUAGGCUCACGCCUGCAGUCUCAGCUGCUACAGUGACCAAUACCCCUGUGACCGCCCCAGCGGUCAACUCUUCACAGCCUGGGCCCGACCAGGCGGCGCCCCCGUCAGCCAACAGACAGUCUGCCCAAGCCGCUGACGGGUUUCUAUUACCACCUGAAUACGACCAACCAGCAGCAGCUGCAGGCCCCAGCCAGCGGCUGCUGCAGCCAACAAACGCAAGCCCCUCCCCAGGCGGACAGCCCGAUAACAAUUCAUUCACUCAAGGGAGCCCAUCCAUGCCACAUUUCGAUUCUGGCCCACAGUCUCUCACAGAUGCAAUGGUUCAGGAAUUGAUCGAAAGCCUCCCAGAAAGCCUCCCAGAUAGUGAAGACUUUCUUGAGACUUCCCAAUACGUGUCAAUGUCUCAGAUCUCAAACAACUACGGUCAGAACACCUCGAGCUUUUGGGGCGACUUCAAUGCAGACGCCGCCGACGAGGGGCGCUAGCUUGGUACCUGGUGUGGUGCCAUUGGCCAUCGACCAUCUCCUCGCCAUCCCGCCAACAUGGCCAGGAUUUGAUGGUAACCGAUAUCAAUGGCGGAAGCGUUCGUGGACUUCAUUCCAGGCGCAAGAUUCCAGAUGUCAUCAGGGUCUCUCCCAAUAAAGACAUCAUCAGUACAUUGUUAAAGCGGCACGAGGCUGAGGCCACGUGCCCACAUAUUUUCUUUUCUCUCUGCACUGUUAUUGGCAUCGUGUUUUACACGCUGGGUCCUGAGCGGUUACCACCAUACAUAUGGCGUCGUAUGGUGGGUCUCAUGAGCGGUGCAUACACCUUCCGGAGUAUUCUAUUAUCCGCUCUCGGGAAAGGAGCAGCAUAUGUACCGUUCAACUAAGGGUAAGCUGCUCCUAAGAGGCUCAUUUCAAUGAGCUGCUCGAAAAAUGAGCCGCAACAACGUUUCUUUUACGGCUUAAAGUGGAAGAAGCUGUGCGUGGAGGGCUUGUUGAGAAGGGGCGACCUAGAGGGAAAGAGCUCGCGAACAGCUGCUCCUCCGUCUCGCAAUAUGCCCGCAGCAUUGAUGUAUGAAGGCGCCACAUACGGUUCAUAGCUGUGGGGAUUAGCCAUGAAACCACGUAAUCACAUAUUAUAUACUCCUAUGUCUAGAAGUAUGAGCAAGUGCCACACUGGCAGUGCACAUCAAUUAAAGUAAUGAAUGCCAAGCUGUCUUACCAACCACUGUGGCGG